AACACGAUGCUCGAGAUCCAAAGAGUAUUUCCUCGGCUUUACGUUCUACCCUACCGCAUUAUAACUUGAUGGAAGAAACUUCAGGAUUUCGAAAAUCUGUUACAGGAGCGAGUUACAGCAAUAAGUGUGAUUUAGAUUACAUAAAUGCAAAUAAAUUGGAGCAAGAUCAUCCUUGCGUUAUCGAAAUAAUUCGACAAUUUUUCUUAAAUAAGCCGCCACCGUCAAAUAUUCCACUCAAACUGGACUCUAACGAUACAAGAAAUCGGUCACCAGGACAGACUGACGUUAUAAUGAGGCUCUUAAAAAACCAGACUAAAGGUUUUUUUGUGGAAUGCGGUGCCCUAGAUGGUGAAUAUAUGUCGAACACAAUCCACUUAGAACGCCAAUUUAGUUGGAGUGGCAUAUUGAUUGAAGCCAACCCAGUAACUUUUAAAAAGCUUUCUGCUCGUCACCGUAGAGCAUGGACGCUUCCCGUGUGUCUUAGUUUGGAACCGUUUCCUACUCAAGUCACUUUUCAAAUGAAGGUUGGCGACCCCGGUCAUAGCCACAUCGAAGGAGGGGCUGAAACCUUACAGGAACCUGGAAUACCUGGAGUCGAUCCAAGUUUGAUAGAAAUUCAGUGUUUUCCCUUUUACUCAAUACUGUUGGCCGUUGGCCUAACUCAAGUGGAUUUCUUUAGCCUUGACGUCGAAGGUCACGAACUGAAAAUUCUCAAGACCAUACCAUGGCGAAAGGUGGAUAUUAAGGCACUGACAGUUGAAUGGGAUCACAUACCCGAAGGACAGGAGGCGUUAUCCCGUUUCAUGGUGGAGAAUGGCUUCGUAAAGAUUGGAGCGUUUGAUUUUCUAUGGAGCAAAGAUGUGAUUUUCGUUAAGAAUCAAUCGAUAUCUCUACACUAGACAGAAGGCUACACAGCAGCGACU